ACAGUUUAAAAAUAUAUAAUACACAAAUAGUAAAAGAUAAAAAUUUAAAGAAAGAGGACCAUAUAUUGACUGUUUUCAGAGCAUUUUUGUUGUUUUAAAUUAAAUUGACAUAAUGCACAACCGCACAGAGAAAAAAUAGUUAGGUUAUUUUGUUACUGCUUGAUUCACAUUUAUGAAUGUGCAAUUAUGCCAUUAGGAUAAAUACAUUCUUUACAAAGUAUUUAUUUUCUUUAUUUUGACUUUUAUUGAAGCAAAACACCACAUUCUCCCACAUUAUCGCAUCUGUGCAUUAAGUCUCCCUUACGUACUUGAACGUAAUGACGCGGAGAGCGUGUUUCCGUGCGUAACGCGUCAUAUCUUCCAACACAUCCGCCGCUUCCUGGCCGGCCCAGGCAGGCGCCUCAGGCCCCGCUCCACACUGAACCGCUAUCCGCUUAUUAUCAUCAUCAUCCACCGGUGAAACGCACAGCUCCUCCGCUCAGCCUGCGAGGAGCUGCAGCCGCUAUGAGUGAAUGAAAACGGCGGAAAUCCACGAAUCCUCUGCAGAAGUCCCGGGACUCGCUGUUGGCAGCGCCGGGGCUGGAGGAAGGUGGGGCCUGAGGCGUACCGGCUGUGGUGAUGGUGUUGGACUCAGGUGAAGUCUUCAUGGAUCAGGUUGAGGGUGAAAGUGUUGGGAGCAGCAGGGACCUGUUGGAGCCAGAAGUCAGAGCAGAUCCGCCCAAAACCCCCGUGAGGCCCAGGACGCCGGCCAAAAAGAGUAAUGUUGCCAAGAAGGAGAAGGUGUCCCACAACGGACUUCCCGUCCAGACGAACAGCAGCCAGGUAGUAGAGAGGAGAUCGUCAUCAUCAAAAAGCGGGGCCACACCCAGACCGCCACUCCGCCGUCCCCUCAGCCUGGAAAUGACGCCCCAGCACCUGCGAGGGACUCGGGAGCAGACGGCGGACAGGCGGAUCGUGCAGCCUCCUUGGCGCAGCGGUUCGGCAGCUCCCUCGCCUCCGACUCGCAGUCUGACCAGCCCCAGUCUGGGUGCAGGCGGCUGGAUGCGACGCAGCGAGAGCACCUGCUCAGUCAAUUACUCCCUGGCGCAUCGGGCCAGCAAGGGGCAAAUGCGACCUGCCACCUCCUUGCCACAUAUAGCGAAGGGGAUUGGGGGGACGACGACGCCUACGCCCUCCAGGCCCUGUCUGCUCGUUGCCCUCAGGCCUCUUAACUUGGAGCAGGAGAAGCAGACUUUCUUCCAAUCUGACUACAAGUACGAGCCUCAGUUUGAGUACGCACAGCCGGAGCCGAGGACUGUGUUGGAGAAGUACCGAGAGGGCUCAGGCCUCUUCCUCGAACAGGCGGUUGGGAUCAUGGAGUGCGUCCUGAGGAAGUUUGGCUCUUACGAGAACUUUGAGGAAGUGACGGGUGGCGGCGUCCUCCCUAAAAGUCAAGUCUGGGCUGCUGUACGCAAAUAUCUGCAGAAAGAAGGCUGUGUGGGAGAGGUUGUGGUGCGCCUGUCUGACGAGCUGCUGUCUCAGGCCGUGAUGGUGGUGGAGAGCUGUCGUCCCACUCUAACCAUCAACCUGGCCGGAGCUCGACAGCACUGGCUGGAGGGGAUGCUGAGACAUGAAAUUGGUAUGCUGCAGCUCACACACUGGAUCAGAAAUGAACAGAGUCACAAAGUGUCAGACAUUAAAUUCAUUCACAGUGACUAUUUUUGCAGAAGGUUCGGUGUUCAGUAGCAUUUUAUAUGCUCUGAAUCCUGCGUUUAGCUUUU